AUGGCACCUCAAGACUUCCGUGAGGAUCUGAAAGCCGUUGCUGGUGAGAUGGAAGAUGAACAUCAUGUGGUCGAGAAAUUGAUUGACUACGAUCCCACACUUGCCAAUGCGGCAGAUACGCAACAAUUGGCAAGCAUCGGAUACAGACAGGAACUUCAACGCCACUACUCCAGUAUUCAAGUGUUUGCUAUAGCUUUCAGUAUCAUGGGGCUGCUCCCAUCGAUCUCGGCAACAUUAUGGUUCUCAAUUCCUGCAGGCCCGGUUGGCAUGGUAUGGGGAUGGUUCUCUGCCAGUGCUCUCAUCUUCGUCGUCGGAUUAGCUAUUGCCGAUCUUGGGUCUUCGCUUCCUACGUCUGGCGGUCUGUACUGGUGGACACAUUACUUCGCAGCCGACCGAUAUAAGAACCCACUGAGCUUUCUCGUCGGAUAUAGCAAUACAAUUGGAUUGAUUGGAGGAAUAUGCUCCAUUGACUAUGGAUUCGCAUCGUUCAUUGUUUCGCUUGGCACAAUCAGUAGCGAUGGGGAAUGGGCCCCCAGCCGAGGACAUCUUUACGCGAUAUUUGUGGCAACAGUCCUGUGCCACGGUAUUCUGGCAUCUUCGGCUGGGAGGAUCAUGCAUCAUCUUCAGACUUGGUUUGUCAUCGCCAAUUUUGCCUUGAUUCUGGUCACAAUCAUAGCGUUACCGGUCAGCAUGCGAGUACGCAAUGUCCCGAUCAAUUCGGCAAAAUAUGUUUUCAGCCAUGCAAUAAACGAGACAGCGUGGCCGUCUGGAUGGACCUUUAUGCUCUCCUGGCUGUCGCCAAUCUGGACAAUCGGGGCAUUUGACUCUUGCGUCCAUAUGAGUGAAGAGGCCAAGAAUCCAACCAAGGCUGUGCCCAUUGGGAUACUCGCAUCUAUUGGAGGCUGCUGGAUAUUCGGCUUCCUUGUGACAGCAGUGCUCGCCGCAUGCUCUGGUGACAACUUUGAAGAGAUAUUGAGCACGCCCUUUGGCCAGCCCAUCGCCCAGAUUUAUUACAAUGCGCUAGGGAAAAGCGGCGCCCUAGGCUUUAUGUCAGCCAUGUCUAUCUUGCAGUUCUUUAUGGGUCUCAGUAUUGUUGUAGCAGCGUCUCGACAAACGUGGGCAUUCUCACGCGACGGCGCAUUGCCGUUUUCUGCAGUCCUCCGAGAAAUCAGCACAAGGUUUGGAUACCAGCCAUUGAGGACUAUAUGGGCAACCUGCAUUGCGGCUAUCAUCAUCGGUCUGCUCUCUUUGAUCAACAAUGCUGCUGCCAAUGCGCUCUUUUCCCUUGCAGCUGCCGGCAAUAACGUCGCCUGGGCAAUACCCAUCAUGUGCCGUGUGGUUUGGGGCCGAGGGAAGUUCCGGCCAGGGCCGUUUUAUACUGGACAGUUCAGCAUCGGUAUCGCGAUUGCUGCCUUGUUGUACCUGACAUUCUCAACCGUGUUAUGCAUGUUCCCUACGGAAGGGCCAAAUCCUGAUCCAUCAGUCAUGAACUACUCCGCACUAGUCAAUGGUACGGUGUGGGGAGGCGCAUUGCUCUACUACUUUCUUUAUGCCCAUAAAUGGUUCACAGGUCCGAAGCACACUUUGGAUAUCGCGGGGUCUGGAUACGAUGCUAGGUAA